AUGUCGCGGAUACUAGGCAGAGCGCUCCCCUGCGCCAGACAAGCUAUCCCUGCGCACCGACAGCUUGUCAGCCGGACGUACAGCUCCCGCCCAGCGUCCGCCCGGGCGCUUCCAAGACUAGCGAUCUUUGCCGGAUUCACAGCCGCGCUUGCAGUUUCCAGCUUCGCGUUGGGGUCGGGCCCCGUCAGGGCGGAGUCGCUGGCUCCCGGACCGGGAAAGCAGGAUCUACUGCCGAAGAAGGAGCCGAAAGAUGGUUAUGCGACAAAGGAGGAGACACUAAAGGCUAUCGAGGUGUUGAGGGGGAAGCUGAGGGAAGAUCAGGUCACGGUGGAUGAGGAUGAGCUCCUGGGGCAUGGGCACUCCGCCAACACAUACCACUCCGCGGCCAAGCCUGAAGUUGUCAUCUACGCGGAGUCCACAGAGGACGUCUCGACAGUUGUCAAAGUAGCAAACCAGUAUCGGAUCCCCGUCACACCCUUCAGCGGCGGCACUUCGCUCGAGGGUCACAUCACCUGUCCUUAUGGUGGCAUCUGUAUCGACUUGUCCCGUAUGGACAAGAUUGUCGAGGUGCACGAGGCAGACUCGGACGCCGUCGUUCAGGCGGGAGUGCAGUGGGAUGCGCUGAAUGAGGAGCUGCUGGAGAGGGGGAUGCAGCUGUUUUUCCCGCUGGAUCCGGGGCCUUCUGCAUGUAUUGGAGGAAUGAUGGCCACGGGCUGUAGUGGGACGAAUGCGGUCAGGUAUGGAACAGCAAAGGGCGAGUGGUUCUUGAACGCUACUGUGGUUCUCCCCGAUGGCGAGAUCAUCAAGACGAGGCAAAGAUCAAGAAAAUCGUCCGCCGGGUACGACCUGACAAAGCUCUUCAUUGGCGCUGAAGGCACAUUGGGCAUCGUGACAGAGGCUACCAUCAGACUGACCCCGCUCUUGCCUACUCGUGUGGCUGUCUGCGGCUUUCCUGGCGUAGAAGAAGCAGUCCAAGCCGUCGGCGAGGUGAUCAACCGGGGCGUACCAAUCCAAUGUGUCGAGCUCUGCGACACCCUCAUGAUGACCGCCAUCAGCAAAUUCGGCAACGUCACCAUGCCACUCCCUGAGCUCGACGCGAUCUUCUUCAAGUUCCAAGGUCCCACAGAUGAAGCCAUGGAGGCGAGCGCCAGCAUCGUCGCCGAGAUCUCGAAAAAGUACGGCGGAACGGGACUGGUCUUUGCAAAAGACAAGGCCCAGAGCGACGAGCUAUGGCGCGCGAGGAAGGCGGCGCACUGGUCAGCUAUGGCGCUGGUCGAAGGCGGCACAUGCUACAGCACCGACGUCUGCGUGCCGGUUAGCAAGCUCCCGCAAUUGGUCAGGGAGACGCAGGAGGAUCUGAGGAAGCAUGGGAUCGUCGGGCCAUUGCUGGGACAUGUCGGAGAUGGAAACUUCCACGCUGCUUUGAUAUUCAAGAACGACGUUCCGGGCGAGUUCAAGAAGGUGGAUGAUGCUGCGCACCGCAUGGUGGAAAGGGCGAUCGCGCUAGAAGGGACAUGUACAGGCGAACAUGGUGUAGGCAUUGGCAAGAGGAUGUACCUGCGCUCAGAGCUGGGAGACGGUACACUGCGCGUAAUGAAGACGCUCAAGAAUGCGUUAGAUCCAAAGGGAAUCAUGAACCCCGGCAAACUGUAUCCAGAUGAUAUUGACUGA